AUGAUGUUGGCGUUUCUGCUGGGAGCAUUGUGGCUAGCUGGUCUAGCAAACGCACAAAACGAGACGGAACCCAUCGUGCUGGAGGGCAAAUGCCUGGUGGUUUGCGACUCUAACCCAACUUCGGACCCGACUGGGACUGCGCUUGGGAUAUCCGUGCGAUCCGGGAGCGCCAAAGUUGCGUUUUCCGUCGUGAGAAACACAAACCACGAACCCUCCGAGAUGAGCAAUCGGACAAUGGUCAUUUACUUCGACCAGGUACUUGUGAACAUUGGUAGAAAUUUCGACGAGGAGAGGAGCCAUUUCUUCGCGCCUCGAAAAGGGAUUUACAGUUUUAAUUUCCACGUAGUCAAAGUGUACAAUCGUCAGACUAUACAGGUGAGUCUGAUGCAUAAUGGAUGGCCCGUGAUCUCAGCCUUCGCUGGGGACCAGGAUGUGACCCGGGAGGCGGCCAGCAACGGGGUUCUGAUCCAGAUGGAGAAAGGGGACCGCGCCUACCUCAAACUAGAGAGGGGCAACCUGAUGGGCGGAUGGAAAUACUCCACUUUUUCCGGCUUUCUGGUCUUCCCUCUGUAA